AAAAGCAGUUCUUUUUUCUCUGUCUGUGGGAGAAAGAAGGAAAGAGAUCUCUGUAACCUCACCUUCCUUCACAAAGAUUGAAGUUUUUUUUUUUUUUUUUUGUGCAUGGUGUAUUGGUGAGGAGAGAUCUCUUUUCUUUUCUUUUUAUCUUUUCUUAACGAAAUAAAGAAAGCAGAGAAAACAGAAUUUAUCCGAUUCUUGUUUCUACAGGAUAAAGACUGAUCUUUCCUGCUCUUUUCUUUCUUUAGCACAGCAGAGGAGUACUAUUAGAGUUUUGAUAAUGGAAAAAAUGGAUGAGAUAUGUGAUGAACCUGCCGAAGUUGACAUGAAAGAGCCUCCAUCGCCACCUCCAUUACCGUGUUUGGCGACUACUAGCCACCACCGGAGAAUAUUAAAGGCGGAACACGGCAGAACCUUGAGAGGAUAUAACUGUAUCUUCACCACCGCAAAGGAUAUGUGGGAGCGGUUGUUUGAUGAAGGAUAUAGAGCAGAUGUUAUAAUUAAUACCGAUAAUGGUGGCUCUAUCUACGCACAUGCUAAUAUUCUUGGAAUGGCUUCUCCUGUGAUGAAAGGCAUGUUAAAACAAUCAAAAGGCCGUGGUCGACAACGAUCAAUCUCAAUUCGGGGCGUUCCCCAUGAUUCUGUUCGAAUUUUUAUUCGAUUCUUGUACUCUUCCUGUUAUGAGAAAGAAGAAAUGGUGGAAUUUGUGUUGCAUCUGUUGGUGCUGUCUCAUGUUUUUGUUGUUCCUGAUUUGAAGAAAAUAUGCGUACAGAAGCUAGUGCAAGGUUUUCUUACAACAGAAAACGUAGUUGACAUCUUUCAGCUUGCAUUACUAUGUGAUGCUCCUCGGCUUAGCCUCGUAUGUCAUCGCAUGAUUGUGAGAAACUUCCAGGAAAUUUCCAUUACAGAAGGAUGGAAGGCGAUGAGACAGAGUCAUCCUGUGCUUGAAAAGGAACUUCUCGACUCCAUGGUCGAUGAAGACAAGAGGCAAAAGGAGAGGAUAAGGAGAUCAAAAGAGAGGAAGAUCUAUCUACAAUUAUACGAAGCCAUGGAGGCACUCGUUCAUAUAUGCAGAGAUGGCUGUAGGACAAUCGGACCACACGAUAAAGAUUUCAGAGAAAAUCAGGCACCCUGCAAUUAUGAAGCAUGCAAGGGACUGGAACAACUCGUUCGCCAUUUCGCCAGUUGCAAGCUCAGAAUUCCUGGCGGUUGCAUCCAUUGCAAGAGAAUGUGGCAGCUUUUGGAGCUACAUUCCCGUCUUUGUGCUGAUUCGGAUGCAUGCAGAGUUCCUUUGUGCAAGAAUUUCAAGGCGAGGAUCAAAAGACAAAGCAAGAAGGAUGAGAUUAAGUGGAGAAUACUAGUGAAGAAGAUCAUUAGAACAAAGAGAAUUGGAGGAUCACCAUUUUUUACGUCAGCAAUCUCUUGCUAUUCCUGAUCAAACAAAAAUCUUCCAAAGUGUAAAUUUGCUGCGACUCUCUCUGUGUAGAAGUCAGGAACAAUGUUGGAUUCAAUAAUUGUUGCUUCCUUCUACCUGUAUAAGAUCAUGAUUUAUGAUAAAUCACAGAAAUCACUUCCUUGUCAA